UCUGUAAGUACUGUCAUACAAGGUACAUCUGGGGCCACCACUUUGUAGUGUGGAUCUUCCGAGUGCAAAAGUUGCUGGAGCAGCUUCACAUUCUAGGUGUGUGUCUCUGUGUGUGUGUGUGUGUGUGUGUGUGUGUGUGUGUGUGCAUGUGUGUGUACGUAUCAGGGCUAUCACUCACUUCUGAAAGCCUGUUACAAGCAGCAAGAAGACAAAAUAGAGUACUAUGCACCCCACCUUUGGAGGCAACUGAGUCUCAGAGAAGAUGGGAAGUUAAUGAAGUACCAGGCAGACUCACACAGCUAGUGUAGUUUAUUGAUUAAAAAUGCAAAAAGAGACCUGGAGUGGAGUCUGUGUUCACCUCACCACUCUGGGUCCUAGUCUCCUCCUUUGUGAAUGAAGACACUACAGCACCAACCCAGGGGCUCUGUGAUCACUGAUUGAAUCAGACAGGUGCUUGGCACACAGUUUGCUGCAUAGUAAAUCUCCCCUAAAUUUUCCCCGUCAGAACAGUGCUUGUUUAGGCUUUGCUUUUGAAUGUCUCCCAAAGCCUUUUCACUCAUUCUCAACAUCUCAAGGGAAAAAAGUGUUUUUAAAAUCAUUUAAGAAAUGAGAAAAAUUGAGGGUCAGGAAGCAGCACACUCGGUUGAAUGCACAUGUCGCCAUGUGUAAGGAUCCAGGUUCAAGCCCCUAGUUCCCACCUACAGGGGGAAAGGUUCACAGGAGGUGAAGCAGUACUACAGGUGUCUCUGUCUCUUAUCCUAUCUCUCCUUUCCCUCUCAAUUUCUUUCUGUCUGUAGCCAAUAAUUAAAUAAAAAUUAAAGUGUGAAGAAUUCAAGAAUGAGAGGGGUUGGGUCACUUGCAGGCAUAGGUAUCUUUGAAAGCUACAGGGCUGGGCUCUGAACCCAGAGACACUCCUUCCCCGAAACAGCAGUGACAUCACUGGGUAAGAUCUAGCCUGCAUCACUGCUUCCUGUCCUAUGAAUUAACCAGUUAGACCACUGAUUCACACACUAGCUGAAUUCUUGCUGAUGGGAGGCUGGGAACAUCAUCACUUGUGGCCACAGAGCAGGAAGCACCCUGUACUCACCAAAGUGUCUGCUGACUUGCAUCUCAAUGCCAAGGACUCAUGUCAUCAUGCAUCUGCAGGCAGCCAUCACAGGCCUUAUUCUCCUUGUGACAGAUACCGUCAUUUCCCAACAGACAAUAAGAGGUGUGGUGGGCCAGACUGUCACACUACCGUGCUCCUACUCAACGGCCAAAGGAGUCACCACCAUGUGCUGGGGCCGAGGGUCAUGUCCGUCAUCAAAAUGCUCAAGUGAACUUAUCUGGACCGAUGGGUCUCGUGUCACAUUCUGGAAGGAUGUGCGCUAUAACCUAAAGGGAAAUAUCUUGGAAGGGAAUGUGUCUCUGACCAUAGAGAAGGCAGUCCAGACUGACAGUGGUCAGUACUGUUGCCGUGUGGAGCACAGUGGGUGGUUUAAUGAUAUGAAGCUCACCUUAUCCUUGGAGAUACAAGCAGCAGUGAGCCCAUCUUUUCUAAUACCAACAACAGAAAUCCAGCCAACCAUCCCACAGGAAACAACAAGGCCACCCAGUUCACCCAUGUACUCUUGCACAACAGAUGGGAAUGGCACUGUGACACAGUCUUCAGAAGGCCUUUGGCAUAACAAUCAAACUGAUAUGUCACUGGUAAAAAAUCCAUCAGUAGACAAACAACUCAUCAUCAUAAUCUCGAUUGUUGCUGUGAUCUUGAUCACUCUUUUGGCUGCCAUGAUUGUCAAAAAAUAUUUAAAUAUGAGAAGCAAGGAACAACAGAUCAACAUGGCUUCAUUAAAUGGCCCUCACAUUGGAGCUUUACAAAAUGCAGCUGGCUUCCGAGUCCAGGCAGAAGACAAUAUCUACAUUGUUGAGGAUGAUCCUUAUGUUGUGGAAUAAAACCCUCUAAGGCUUUAUGUCCUUGACUACAGAAGAUGACCAUGUGGCCCCCUGCCACACUCCUUUAAGUUCUGGAAUCAUUUUUCUUUGUCAGUUGCAAAUGCUAAUCCAACAUGUCAGUUAACAUGACAACAAUUCAGCUGGUACUGAAUCACUUGACUCACUAAGCUGUGUACAGUCAGCUUCACUGGCAAUAAGGUCCUAACUUUUUAUGCUAAAACUGACUCAGUCUUUCUGGACAUUGCAAAGUUCUCUUCCAACCAUGAAAUGAGCACUUUAGAAUUUCAUGUUCUUUUUAGAUUUCAGGAAUCAUGUAUUCAUCAAAAGCACUCACUGGAGAGACAGGAAAUGAACUCCCAGCUUGACUACUAGUGUUGUCAGGAGAUGUGGAAUUAGAUAUAAAAUUGGCACAUUCAAUUUGGGGUCUUAAAGAACUUCAUUUGGAAUCACUUCAUUAUUUCUUUUUUUCCCCCACCUUGUAACUUCAAAUGUUAUACGUCUAAGUUCUCCCAGAGUUUUAAACCACAAGGAUGUAGAGGUUCUUUUGAUGUCUUGGAAAAAUAGGCACAAGGUCACAUGAUUUCAUUAUUAUAGAUUGAUUGGAAUUUUGGGGUCUAGGAAUAUGAGGCAUUUAGUGCUUGCUCUGGGACCAGCAUGGUGUUGUUUAUAUUCAGGUACUAAGUGGACCAAGCUGCUCCCAGGGGGACAAAAAAAUCUAUGACCACAGGAUUUAAUAUAUUUAGAUGAUUUUUGCUACAUCUGUGUAAUAGUUCUAGGUACUUAUAGAAACAGCUUUCAGAUUCCUUAACACAUUUUUGUGCUAAGAUGAGACAGGAAAUUAUAUUAAUGAAAGAAAGGAAAGGAAGUAGGAAAAUACCCUUUGUUUUAGAAAAGUUCAUUUAUCAGUUUAAUAAUUUGAGACUGCUAACUAUGUUCAACCAAAAUUCUAAAUUAUUCUCAAACUGUUUAUAUAUAUAUAUAUAUGUAUAUGUAUAUGUAUAUGUAUAUGUAUAUGUAUAUGUAUAUGAUUUUUCGUUGGAAAUAUGAAGGCCUAUUCUAUGUUAAUUGCAGGUGCUAUUCCUUUUUCACCGUUUAUGUUGUUUUCAAAAUGGCUAGGCAAAGGUCAUAGGCAAGGAUAUUUUUAAUCACCAGAAGUGUGCCUGUGCAAGCAAUUAACAAGGCUGGGUACUAGUUUCAACUUGCAUAAACCUUGAAAUAAUUUCUGCUGGGGACUCCGAGUUAUUCACCCAUAGUGGUCUAGGAAGGUGAGAAGCCUAUUUCUAAGGUGACAUUUCUGGCAUUUUCCUCCAGAAUUCAAUGAAAUCAAUCACAAUUCUAGUUAAAGGUUAUGUGGGCAAAUAUGCUUAUGAAACUUAAUAUAUUCAGUUUUUGUUGGGCCCAAUUGAUCUAGUCUAAUUUUUUUUAUGUUUGAAGUGUUGUGCUUUUCUUUCCAAUUCAAGACAACAUAUAUAAAUGUGUAAAAUUCAUAUCAAAAUUCAGAUUUGUCACUUCUCUAGAAAGACCUGCAUUCCAUUGAGUCAGAACCCCAGUAAGUGGAAUCAAUUCCCCCAGUUCCUGUCUCCUAGCCCUUGAUUUCCCUGUAAGUUCAACUGUCUUAAUUGACUAUACGGUUUAUAACAUAACAUUUGCUGGUUUUUUUUUUUUUUUUUUAACCUUUCCUGGAGACAUAUAAUAGUAAAGAAUCUGGGAGUCUGGUUAACUUUGUUUGAUUUAUGCAUUCUCAAAAUCUGUUUGAAACUCUUGAGCAUAGUGAUUACUAGAUCUCCUCCUCCUCCUCUUCCUCCUCUUCCUCCUCCUCCUCCUCCUCCUCCUCCUCCUCCUCCUCCUCCUCCUUCUUCUUUUAACCAGAGCAUGGCUGAGCUUUGGUUUGUGGUGGUGCAGAGGAUUGAACUUGGUACUAUGGAGCCGCAGGCAUGACAGUCUGUUUGCAUAACCAUUAUGCUGUCUACCCUCUCCCACAUAGUGAUUACUAGAAUAUCUAGUAGUAUUCUGAGAAUAUGUAAGGACAUGCAGAGAAUAAGAGAUGCAUAGAAUUAGAAAAGGUUCUGAAUAGUAGUCCUAAUUUUUACCUGUAGCCCUGGAAAAUGAAAAAUGCUCAAAGUUGUUCCUCUAAGAGAUCAUUAUUUCCAUAUGCACACCAAUGUGUAGUGAAAAUUUCAGUGUGAUGCUACAUGUGAGAAAUCUUUGAAAAGGGCAAAAACACUAUAGAAAUUCAAAGAUCUCUCAGUUUACAUUUGGCAGAGUGAUAGUACGCCUACCAUUAGUGCUUAGUAAUGCUGAGGGUGUUAUCUCCUGUAUCUGUUGCUAUAUAGUGCCUCUCAUUUUUUGAAGAACAUUUUGUGUUUUUUUUUUUUUUAAGUUGAUAUUGGAUAAUGUGGCUAUCAUUUUGCACGGUAGAAAAAGCUGUUGAUAAAUAAGAGAGUAAAUGGGUUAGAAGGAAAGGAAGGGAAGAGGUUUAGCUCACACUAAAUUAUUUUGUGUAAUAUCCUUAUCUUGUAGAAUGUAUUAGAUUUUGUUUCUUGUAAUUCUGAAUAUAGUGAAUUUUGCUUUCAGUCUAAAAAUUUUUUUUCAGUCCUUUGAGGAAAUGAAGAGUCUGCUUCCCAUAGGCAGUUUUCAGUCAUUAGAACAUGCUUUAAUUGGGAGUAUAUAUUUAAACUUAAGAAAAUUCUCAUAGCAUUAAGAGGGAGUAGUCAGUCUUUUACAGACAGCAGCAAAGAUCAUUCUUUGACUUCAUGAACAUGUGAGGGACCCUAUGUCUCAUGUGAAUACACAGUCAUUAAUUAAUAAAAGACUUCUGUCUUGA